GACAAGAGAUUUGAGAGAGAUACCAUUACUUGCUUUCAACAGAACAGGACUACUGGAGAGGGGUGGGAUCAUCGGAAGCUGGCGUACGUGCGCACUGCGCACCAGCUCACUCACCUUGGGCGCACGCAUCCCCAUGGAUUCUUGUCUAGGACCCAGCUAUUCCAGCCUGUUGCAGCGCACACACAUUGGGGGCCUUAAAAUCUACUCCCUCGUGUUCUCAAUCCAUCCGAUCUAGCUUUUUUAAUUUUUUGGAUCUGGCUUUCUAAUUUUGUUUUGUUUUGUUUUAUUCCGCUGAAGAAGCGAGAUUUUCUCUCCCGAAGCUGAAGAAGCGAACUAAAUCUCGCCGGAAGGACACAUGGAUCCAUGUCCUUUCGUGCAUCUCCUCGUCGGAAACCUCGCUCUCAAGAUUCCGAUGGCUUCCAAACCCGCCCGCUCCGGCAUCCACCCUGCCUCCUCUCCUUGUUUCUGCAAAAUCCGAUUCAACAACUUCCCCCAACAGACUGCCAUCGUCCCCUUAAUCCCGCCCCAGAACCAGUUCCCCGACGGUCAGCAACCUCAGACCCUGGCGGCCAGUUUCCACUUAAGUAAAGCCGAUCUAGAGAAGCUCGACGGUAAAUCUUUCUUCUCCGGGAAGCCUUGUCUGAAGAUUGCGAUAUACACUGGGCGGAGGGGGACCACAUGCGGUGUCAACUCGGGAAGACUCUUGGGAAGGGUUUCGUUGCCUUUGGAGCUGGUGGGAGCCGAAUGUAAGGCUUCUGUUUUCCACAAUGGUUGGAUUUCGGUUGGUAAGGAUGCUAAGGGUUCUUCGUCGCAGUUGCAUUUGAAUGUGAGAGCGGAGCCUGAUCCUAGAUUCGUGUUUCAGUUUGAUGGAGAGCCGGAGCGCAGUCCUCAGGUUUUCCAGAUCCGAGGCAACAUUCGACAGCCUGUCUUUACUUGCAAGUUCAGUUUCAGAAACUCCGGCGGCGACCGGAAUCAGUUAUCAAGAUCGUCUCAGUUAGAAUCAAGCAGUUCAAGAAGCUGGUUGAGCUCGCUUGCAAGUGAGAGGGAACGGUCUGGGAGGGAGCGCAAGGGAUGGUCGAUCACGGUCCACGACCUCUCUGGCUCGCCGGUGGCAGUCGCAUCAAUGGUUACACCAUUUGUUGCUUCGCCUGGUUCGGACAGAGUUAGCAGAUCCAACCCCGGCGCUUGGCUAAUUCUACGCCCGGGCGAUGGAACUUGGAAACCAUGGGGCCGUCUCGAGGCCUGGCGCGAGCGAGGUGGCAGCGAUGGCCUCGGAUACCGGUUCGAGCUCAUGCCCGAUACUAAUGGAAGCAUGAGCGCUGCCGGCAUUGUACUCGCGGAGUCGACGCUCGGAACGAGUAAAGGCGGUAAAUUUGUGAUCGACACGAGCGGGUUUGGGCGGUCUACGCCUGCAAAUUCGAGCUCGCCGGCAUGUAGCCCGAGGUGCAGCGGGGACUUCGGGUAUGGGCUAUGGCCAUAUUGCAUGUACAGAGGGUUUGUGAUGUCGUCGACGGUGGUAGGCGAGGGGAAGUGCAGUAAGCCGGUGGUGGAGGUGAGUGUGCAGCACGUGAACUGCACGGAGGAUGCAGCAGCUUUUGUCGCACUAGCAGCUGCCGUGGAUCUGAGCAUGGACGCCUGCAGGCUGUUCUCUCAGAAGGUCAGGCGGGAGUUAUGCCAGCGUCGUCAGGAUUUGUUGGGUUGAUUCCGAUUGUUUCGUCGUCUUAAUCUGAUUUUUGAUUUCCUUUUCUAAAACAUUUUUUCCUAUUAUUUCUUCAAUUUUCAAGUGGUAUUGACGAUGGGUUUUGUAUUCGUCACUGACUCACUAACGUCUAACAAACGGCAGGUCGGCAGCUUGGUUGGUUUUUUUUCCUAUGAAAUGUACAUACAAAGAGAGCGAGAGAAAGAUGGACAGUUUUUUUUUUCUUUUCCAUCUAGGGACUAGGAUCAGUUUGUGGUGGUGUGACUUUGUGAAUUCGAUUGUUGUUCUGGGGUUACAUAUGGUAAUGGACUAAUGGCAAACUCAUCUUCUGCUUGUGUGUAAGAUUUCAUUGUUUAUGAAA